AUGGAACUUCCUACUGAACUCCCUGGGUUAUUUACAUUGGGUGAGACUCGGUUUAAAGUUGCGACAUGGCGAAGAAUGCUCUUGGCUAGCAACUUUUCCUCGCAGUGUGUCCUGGAACAAGCCUGGUUUUGCAAAGCUUCCGAACGCAAACAGCAUGAAUUUCUUGUACUGUUUUUUGCUCACUGGGAUGCUUCGGUGCCUGCGAUUGCCUGUGUGGUCGUAGACCGUACUCCAAAGUCAUCCUCGAACGACAGUGGCUCCUCCACUCCUAUCACGCUUUCGUCGGGCAUCGCUUCUCCUUCAGCCUUGCAGACUGCUGCCCUUGACUCUGUUUCCACUACACCAUGUACAGGUAUUAAUACGUGCAAGUACCUAACAUCAAUGUACGGCCCAUACAACCAUCUUUGUACCCUCACAUUCCCUCCCACAUCCACACGUCCCUCUGCAACCCAGAUAUCGGUUCUCUUAUCUGUAACCAGCACACAUGCUCCCAACUACAACCUGUAUCAUUUCCAAUGUUACUGGUAUGCCAGUACUAUCUGGGAGGCCAUAAAACAGCUCUUCCCUGGCUACAUCGAGGGAACCUGGCAAGGACCCCGCUGUCACUACUAUGGUUUUAAAGUGGAAAAGGCUGAUAGUGUGGAAGUCGUGUGUGAGCAGUACGUCAAUGAGUGGACCCGCCUCGAAAAUGAAGCAGAGCUGCAGAGACGAGCAGAGCUGCAGAGGCAAGCAGAGCUCGAUAGAAUACAACAGACAUGGAAGGAUGGUGUGGCUCAUGGUCUAGCCCAGAGCCAGGCACUAAUUGACCGCUUGCUAGCGGAAAUUUUCCAAUUACAAAGCGGUCUAAGAACUCCAGAGGCAAGCAGAGCUCACCGGAACACAACAACAGACAUGGAUGGAUGGUCUAGCUCAUGGUCUAGCCCAGAGCCAGUCACAGAUACAUCUGCGUCAGGUGCUCAAAAUUGA